AUGGAUUUGCGGUUGACGUAAUACUGUCACGUUUUUACAUCGAGUACCGUAUUCAAUUGUAAAUAUCGUUAAAUUGAGAAAUUCUUUCGAAUACACGCAAUGAACACCAAUAUAUCGCACUACACUAAGGAAUACAUAAGAAGUAUGUACCAAAGAUGUUUAACGAAAAAACCACAAUGUUACAAGAUGGAUCGAGAAAAGGAUCGGCCAUCAGUAUUGGGGCUGCGUUUAGCAACUCUGGUUGUGGUGAUAGCGUUGCUGACGAUGCAUCUUCGGUCGGUUCGGGUGUUCCGCUGGGAGCAGUCGGUGUCUGGAGGGUUGCUUGUGACGUAUUCGCUGUCCACUCUCGGCCUUGCGCUUUGUGCCGGCAUCGAGAGGUGUGGCGGCAACGCUUUCCAGGCAUUCAUUUGUGGAGUCGGAUCCGCGCUGUUCGCAGUGAACGCGGCGACGAUAUGGCGUCGGUGGCGCAACGUGGACGACCUGACGCGCGUCGUCGCAGAGCUCCUGGACGCCCUGGGAGUUCGACUGGGGCGUCAGAUCAUAAUUAAAGUGCUGCUCAGUACUGCGACCGCUGUAUUGUUACUGGUCGACCUGGUACUUUCGCCUUUGUUGAGGCCUUACGAUUAGAAGAGGUGCCGUGAUUUUGAAUAAAUGAAAGCAUUUC